CUUCAUCAUCAGAACCUUCUCUUCUAUCAUGCCCUUCUGUGUUUUCGUCUCUGAGAAAGAUUGCUGCACUGGCCCGUGGUACUUUACCUGAAGCCUCAGAGCAUAGCAUAAACUUCUCUCCAGAAAGUUUCAGCUCUUCAGGCACCCCUUACGUCGAGAUCAAGACUCUUCUAGCUCCACUACACUCCAACAUCCACAAUGACAACCACAACCCCCCACCGCAACUCCUUCCUCUCCAACCGCCCCUCUCCACCUAUCAAGUCGCCCAAAUCAUCGACCUCAUCCGACAUCACCACUCCCUCAACCACCGCCUCACUCCCCCAGACCACUACCACCCCCACAGAGGCCACCCAAAAACCUAAAUUCGUCCCUCCACCAGCCAACUCCUUCGCAUUCACGCUCAUCCCCGUGCUCUCCAUCCCCCGUGCCCAAGCCUUCUACGCCACCGUCUUCGACUGGACAUUCCAGCCCCAAGUCUCCGCCUCCCAACUCAUCUUCUUCACGCCCUCAUCGGUCAUGGGUGCCCUGUCGCUCAUUUCGGGGACCGAUGCGGCACCGGAAUCAGAAAGUGAGAGCGAGAGCGAGAAAAAAGGGGAGAAAAAAAAGGUUGAGUUGAGAGCCGGCGGAGUUGUCAAUCAUAUCCUUGUGGCCGACGUGGCGGCGACGCUGCAAAAGGUUGUCGAGGCCGGUGGGACGGUUGAGAAGGAAAGGUGGGUUGAGGGGGGACAUACUGAGUUAGGGCGGUUUUGGGAUACUGAGGGGAACUUGGGUGGGGUGCUGAAGUGGUUGAUUUAGGGUUAGUGGAAAUGACUGGGACUAGAUGCUUGCUGUGAAGAGGAUGAUCUUGAGCUCGGCUUCUGGGAUUGCUAUGGCGCGGCAUUAUGAUGUCUACGGCUGGUACGCUAUAUGGCUCAACAGAGGGGUUAUGAGGUGUUUUGUGUUGGUGUCCAAGAUUGGACAUGCGUUUCUCAAUAAAUAUAUCUUAAUACGCUUCCAAAGU